AAUAUGGUUAGCAUAAUGUACUUUGACCCUUCUCGCUUCCCCUCGUACCAAAACAAGGCUGGUCGGAAGUGGCAUCUCUUUGCUAUGGCAAAAAGGAAUCACAACAAAAACACUAAAGAGACGUCGUCGGUCAGAUCAGCAACCAAGCCACAUGACAAAGAAAUGGCACAAACAUCAAGAAAACAUGCCAUGUUUUAUGUUGCAAUUAUUGUACUAUUUGUAGCUGUUUGUGUGGCUCCAUUGACAGCUGAAAUAUUUUCCCCUGGAUUAUCUCACUAUAAGCAACACACAAACUUAAAGAUGGAUCAGGCUUUUCUGACUGUCAUCAAUGAACUGGACACUGAGGUAGCGGUAUCCUGGGUGUCGCAGCGGUGCUAUCAGUGUCUUUAUCAACAGCUUGGGGUGGUCCCGGCUGUGACAACUCCAGGUCAACCAAGCUCUCAGGAGUUCACUGUAAGCACGCAACAUGAAAUUACACUACAACUCAACAGCACUACUGUCAGCCAAGACCUCUGCAGAGUUCCGUUCCACUUUGGGGAGCAUGGAAACUAUUCUCUAUGGGUGAAAAAUAUAAAUACUUCAGCGGUCAAUUGCUCCAUUGUAACUGAUGCAGAUCCUGUCAACAGCUACAUACCCAUCUUGGUAGCGUUCCUCGUCUUUGCUGGAUUGGGGUUAAUGUCUGCUCUUCUAAGAGCUAUAGUGGGAUUGGAUAUUGUGAGGGGCAUCCUCUUCAGAAUCGGUGGUACCUUUGAGACAGAGAGGCUCAUCAACUCUGAACUCGGCUCUCCUGGUAGGACAGUGACACCAGUUACUGACAACAUCCUCCCCCCGCCACCCAGUCCCAGCAAGAGGCUACGAUCGUUGGACACAUUCAGAGGGAUCUCCUUGGUUAUUAUGGUGUUUGUCAACUAUGGAGGAGGGCGAUACUGGUUCUUCAGACAUGAAAGCUGGAACGGUCUUAGUGUUGCAGAUCUGGUCUUCCCCUGGUUUGUUUUCAUAAUGGGAACAUCCAUUGCGCUUUCAAUCAAUUCCCUGCUCCGCUCAGGCUCGAGGCGCACCUCACUGCUGAAGAAAGUAGUGUGGAGGAGUCUGCAGCUCUUCAUCAUCGGCGUCCUCAUCAUCAAUCCCAACUAUUGCCUGGGGCCUUUGUCAUGGGACAACCUGCGGAUUCCAGGUGUGCUACAGCGCCUGUCCUGGUCAUAUCUGGUUGUAGCUUGUCUGGAUCUGUUGGUUGCCAGAGGUCACGUUGACAUCCUCCCAACGAAUGCAUGGUGGUCCUCUUGUGUUGAUGUCCUGCUCUACUGGCCCGCCUGGCUCUUUGUGGUCCUCUUAGAAGUCCUUUGGCUCUGCCUCACUUUUCUACUUCCUGUGCCAGGCUGCCCAAGUGGUUAUCUUGGUCCAGGCGGCAUCGGGGACAUGGGCAUGCAUGCCAAUUGUACCGGUGGAGCAGCUGGUCUUGUUGACCGCUGGCUGCUCGGAGAAAACCACAUCUACCAAACACCAUCAUCACGGGUCAUAUACGACACUCAUGUGCCAUACGAUCCUGAGGGUGUUCUUGGCAGCAUCAACUCCAUCCUUAUGGCUUUUCUUGGCUUGCAGGCAGGAAAGAUAAUCAUACAUUACAGAGAUCUUCACUCAAGUAUUAUAUCAAGAUUUCUUAUUUGGGGUCUCUUUUUGGGAGUCAUUUCAGCUGUUCUCACCAAGUGUUCCACAGACCAGGGGUUCAUUCCUGUCAAUAAGAACCUAUGGUCUCUGUCCUAUGUGACAACACUGGCCUGUUUUGCCUUUGUGUUGUUUGUACUGGUCUACUACAGCGUUGAUGUGAAAAAGUGGUGGUCUGGAGCACCUUUCAUCUAUCCUGGCAUGAACUCUAUACUUGUGUAUGUGGGCCAUAAGGUGUUUGAGGACUACUUCCCCUUCCGGUGGCGCAUGGUCAACACUCAAUCCCAUGCUGAGCACCUCACACAGAACCUGGUGGCUGUUUCCUGUUGGGUCCUUAUCUCCUACAUUCUCUACAGGAAAAAGAUUUUCUUGAAAAUUUGAAAAAUGGAGGGCGUUUGAAUGAAUGACUUUGCAUUCAGCCAGAAAGGGUUUUUUUUUUGUGAUCAUUGCUGAAGUUAUCUACAAACGCUUUUGGAAAUGAUGAGGCUAUUUUAUCACGUAUGGACUAUAUUUUUGUUCUCCUUUUUCCCCAAAAGAGGUUAUUUCGGUCGCAUCCAUACUGUAUGUAGAACAGUUUGAUGGCUUCUGACAGAACCUCAGCUGAUAUAUCUCAUAACUUGGGGAGAACUCUUGAGCAUAUAAUGAAUUAAUUAUAAAGUAUAUAAUGAAUGUCACUGUGCAUCUUUAUUUUCCCCAAUAUUUGCACUGUAGACUGCAGUAGCAGGAUAGAAAAGUGAUGGUCUGCUGGUUGGGUGCUUGUGAAGUUGCUAAAGGUUAAGCGCAAUCAGCACUUGAUGGAUUAUUAACUGUAAUUUUUCAAGAAUGGAAGCAAUAACAUAUAGCUUUCUAGGCCCUUUGUUACAUUUUCCUAGAAGACAAUGGAUCAUGUUCACUUUUCAAAUCUCAUGUGGAACUGACCUAAGUGACAGCAAAAGCUAUUGUGAACCCCUUCAUAGUAAAUGCCCAAUAUUAAUCAUUAUUAUUAUUAUAUUAAUAUUAUCAUAUUCUAUACCACUUAUCCUCACGAGGGUCGCGGGCACGCUGGAGCCUAUCCCAGCUGUCUUUGGUUGAGAGGCAGGGUACACACUGGACUAGCUGCCAAUUAACCUAACAUGUUUUUGGAAUGUGGGAGGAAACCGGAGUACCAGGAGGAACAUGCCCAAUAUUGCCAAAUGUUUAAUUACAAAAGAGUAUUAAAGUUCAAUAUCUCUAGCUUGAUAAUAAUGUUCUCUGCGUAUGCAUGAAAUAUGUGUUUUUUAUGUUCAAAAAAGUGUUUUUAUGUUCUCAUAAAUUCACCCACUUUAUUUUACAAUGCGACCAGGUCUUAGAAGAGACCUGUCUUUAAAUUGCUUUGAAAAUCACAUUGCUGUAUCGAUGAUAAAAUUGUUUUGUAACUUUUAUACUACCAAAAACUGGGUUCAAAAGGAGGUUUAUGUAAUAAAAUUAUGCUGAAUAUUCA